AUGUCAGUUCAACAGGGAACUUUGACAGAAUUCUUGGACAUAACAAAGCUAACUAAUUUCAGACAAAAUUUCGUAGAUACUGGCUGCCCAGAGGAAGGCUUUGUUCCUGCUCUGCUUACCUAUGAUGAUACUGCCCUCUCAACAUUUAUCCAAGGCCUGGGGCUUCCUUUAUUCCAACAAGGUGUAGUUGGUACCUUCGUACGAAAUCACCGUAAUA